AUAAACUUUCAGGUGUUUUUUUUUUUUUUCUUCUAUCUUACAACUCGAUCUUAUCGUCAUCACGAAAGUGUAUCAUCACUCGGAACGAUAUAUCUCUCGUUAUUCCGCUUGCGAUCGUUUCGCCGAAUGUUCCGACAUCGUUAACACGUGCCAUCAGGUAUGACAGUUGCGACCUUAUUACGCGUAUAAUUAACGCUUUGUAAAUCGUAGCGAGAAGCGCAAUAUGUGAAAUAUUUUUUAAUUUUGUUCUUUUUCUCUUAUUUUGUGUAGCUUAAUUUUUUUUUCGCUUCAAUAUUUUACAAUUUAUUUCUCCAUCCGUUUUAGCAUUCUUUUCGAUUACUGUUCUAUAAAGCAUUAAAAGAAAUCACUUUUACAGCAACUUUGGACGGCAAAAUUUUUUAUCAGUUCCGGUUCGUCGCGUAACAGACAUUUAUUUCUGCCUCAAAAAACCGGAAUGUAGGAUCAAGUUUCCUCGGAUAUACAAAAAAUAAACUACGUGUGCGUUAAUUAUAUAAGAUCACCGAAGCAUUAAGCCUUAUUUCUACCAAACACUAUAGUGAGAGAUUAUCAGACAAAUUAUCAUUCUAUUUUGAUUUAUAUUUGAUAAAUAUCUAUCUAGCCUCUGCGAUUAAUUUAUUACACUCGGGAAGAGUUAAAGUUAUUCCGUGGCAGACACAUUUUUAUCUCCAUUCUUGCGCCUUCGGUAUGCACAAGUGUGAAUUUGAAAACAUUCAUUAUAAUUUCUGUUGGUUUACUUAUUUCUCUUUUUUUUCUUCGCGCGACUCGCUUGAACGCGUCCGUGUGUUAUCGCGCGAUAAAAGUCGAUAAGAAUUGGUCAAAAUGGCCAGACGAGUUUAAUCAGGCGACGAUCGUAAUCGAUCAACGAUACAUUCGCACCUUUCCAGUUAUGCGCGAGGAAUUCCGACCAUGUUUCUGCAAAAGCCACGCGUUUCGCGCCAUCGAGGUCGUGGCUGAUGUUAUCGGAAAAUAAUGACGGACGAGACCGAAUUACGCAAGGUAGUCGCGAUUAUACGUAAACACACGGGAACUCGCCCGCACAUCAUGUUUGCUCGUGCACCAAGAUGUCCUUUCCCCUUCCUAUCCUCUAGCUGUCUAACUUAUCAGGCAUUUAUAUUUGACGUAUUUGCGAUGCACAUAUUGCAAACAGGAACGUUUCGCGUUCUCUUUCACUCUCUUAAAUUUAAUCAGCUUUCCAGUGAUAAUACUCUGAUUCCAUUUAAGAGAACACGUAUUUAGUGCUGACAAGAAUAAUAAUAAUUAAUGGUGAGAGCUAAUAAUUAGUUAUUAAAUAAUAAAAAUAAUAAUGUUGUUGCGAGAGUAAUAAACAAACUCGGGAUGAAACGGGUAUUUAUGUGAUUAGGGUGACUUCUCCCAUCAAGAUUUUCGACGAUAACUCCGAGGAGGAGGAGGAGGAGCCAGUUUAUUAGCCGGUUGGUCAUGGGUCGCGGUUGAUAAGCGCUGAUAAUGGCUCUUGAGCGACCUACUGAACUGGUCAGUUCUUACGGCGAUUUGCGUCGCGCGACACCGCGUUACUCGUUCUCCGUCAAAGUAAAUCCGUAUCGGCGCGGAGAUUAGCGUUCCGAAGAAUCGCUCUUAAGAAUUGCACAGCUUUUCGAGGCACAUCCUCGCGAUGCGAUAGUAUGAACGAGAACGAUCACCAUAUCGGCAAAUAUGGACACAUAUUCAACAUGGAUCCGUCGUCGAGAUUCGAGCCGACGACGAAGAGGACGGCGGCGGCAGAAGUGCAUCGCCACGCCACCGGUGAGGCGAUGACAGAGCUGGGCGAGGUGAAGGUGACCACGCCGAGCAGCAGCAUCGCGACGUCGACGCCGCAUACCAGCGGUGACCCGGCGCCUUGCAAGAACGGCGGCUGCAAGGUCUGGAGGAACAACCGCGAUGGUAGUGGCGAGCCGCGUUCCGAGAGCCCUUGGCACUCGCUCAAAACAGUCUUCCUCGUCUCCGUGAUCGUGGCGUUUCUCCUCUGGGUCAUAAUCUAUACCCUGCUGGACCAAUACCGGAUCCUGUGAUCAUGAUCAUUCUGCAAUCUUGAUAUGUUCCUCGUGAUUGCGAUUUAUAAUCGAUCUCGCGCAAAACCAUUUAGUCUACUUGAUGACUGCGAUGUCCUGAUUCAUUGUGACUUCCUGUCGGAUUUCGUGCAAUGGAUCCCGCGAUGCGCACAGACCAUUUUCUAGGCAGAAAUAAAAGCGUGCUAACAAUUUUCGAUCGUGAGGGAUUUAUCCUUCAUAAGUAAGUUUUAUAAAGUGGCUGCACCGAAUACUUUUAAUUUUACAGCGUGAUUUAAAUCGCGAAGAUUCGAUGAAAUCUGUAAACACAGAUUCGAGAGAGACAAUCGAAAGCUCAAGGGUGAGGAAGGAAAAGAAUUUCCGACAACCUUAAGCUUUCGUAAUUAAGAUUGCAAUAUUGUAUUAUAUAUUUCGUACCGUUUUAUAAACGCUUUGUGACAUUUGUAAAUAUAUUCGAAUAAAAUAUCAUGUUAUAUACGCAAUGUACGCAAAUUAUUCGACCCUUUACAUAGGUCUCGAGCGGAUAUCGCGCGAUAAAUCGGUGUUCAAAAAUUAAAAAAUAUGUACGGCAAACACACUGAAUUGUAAAUAAUACUGAGAUAGAAAGAGAGAGAGAGAGAGAGAGAGAGACGCGAAUCUUGAGAAAAUCUUUAAAAAUUGCGCUGUAUCUUAAUAACUUUACAAAUUAGUUAGAAUUGAUCGAAAAAUUCCUUCGUUUUUUUUU